GUUUCCUUUAUGGGUGACCCAGGUUGUUGGUAUCUCUUCAUUCUACAACUUUGGAGAUACAUCAGAAAAUAUCCACGCUGUUUUCAGAGGAGCCUGUAAGGAAACGUAGACAUUUUGCUAUGAAUUAAACACUUCAAAACUUUGACUGUAACUCGUCUGUAUAACUUUUGACAUAUACUUUAGGAAAUAUCCACGCUGGCUUUGGAAGAGCCUGUAAUGAAACUAGACAUUUUGCUAUGAAUUAAACACUUCAAAACUUUGACUGAAACUCGUCUGUAUAACUUGGGAGAUAUAUCAGAAAGUAUCCACGCUGGUUUCAGAAAAGCCUUAAGGAAAUGUUGCUAUUGAAUUAAACACCUCAAAACGUUGACUGAAGAUCCUUGGUGUGGUAAGCAAUGUCAUCAUCCAGUGACCAGGCAUGUGUCGAACGUGAAGUCUCAUCAAACUGUAUUGAACGCAACUCUAAUUUAAACAUCCAUGUACAAGCACAGACCGAUAGUGAGAAGCGUUUCCAAUGUGGAAUGUGCUUCAGAUGUUUUUCAAGAAAGAGUACCAUCAAGAUGCACAUGAGGACUCACGGUGACGCAAGACCAUUUCAGUGUGAAGUGUGCAAGAAGUGUUUUCGGUGGGGUCAUAACUUGAAGCAGCAUAUGAUGGUCCACACUGGUGCUAAACCUUUCCAAUGUGAUGUGUGUGCAAAAUAUUUCUCCAGCAAAUUCCACUUGAAGAUUCAUAAAUUAGUUCACACUGGUGAUAAACCUUACAAAUGUGAUGUCUGCGAAACAGGCUUCUCAUUGCCCGGGAGGUUACGUCGACACGCGUUACUGCACAGUGGUGUUAAGGAUUUCAAGUGCGAGUUGUGUGGGAAUGCUUUCUCGCAGAGUGCUGGCCUGAUUUCUCACAUGAAGACACACACACGCGACAAAGCGUUCAAGUGUGAGAUCUGCAAAAGGGAGUACACACGCAGCUCGUACUUGAAGCAACACAUGUUGAUUCACGACCACGGGAACGACUUCGAGUGUGUGGUGUGCGCAGAACGCUUCACGCAGCAUUCCCAUCUGAGACAGCAUUAUGUUGCUUCACACUGGUGUUAAAGACUUAAAUAUGAUGGGGGUUGGGUAGGAUGUAACCCAGUGGUAAAGUGCUCGCUUGAUGCGCUGUCGGUCUGGCAUCGAUCCCUGUCGAUGGACCUAUUGGGCUCAUUCCAGCCAGGGCACCACGACUGGUAUACCAAAGGCCGUGGUAUGUGUUAUCCUGUCUGUGGGAUGGUGUAUAUAAAAGAUCCUUUGGGAAAAUGUAGCGGGUUUCCUGUGAUGACUACGAGUGAGAAUUACCAAACGUUUGACAUCCAAGGUUGCUUCCCACUGGUGUUAAAGACGUUUAAAUGUGAUUGGUGGGGGGGGGGGGGGGG